CUCUGAGUCCGGGCAGUCAGGUGUUCCCGCUGCCCCGGCGCCGCCUUCUCGCCGUUUGAACGCUAACUAGAGCGCAGCGAUGCGAGACUGACUGGCCGAGGAUGGGCGGAGCCGCCCGCCUGGGAGCGGGGCUGUGCCUGCCCCCAAUCCCACAGUGCCCCGCGACCGGAAGGUGAGCCGUGGCUUCCGGUACCUCCUCGCCAAUUCAGGCGGUUACUGUGUAGGGCUGGUGACGAUUUAGCGUUUUUGCUUGUUAUGGCCGUCGCUAUGGAGACAGAUGAUGCUGGAAAUCGACUUCGGUUUCAGUUGGAGUUGGAAUUUGUGCAAUGUUUAGCCAAUCCAAAUUACCUUAAUUUUCUUGCCCAAAGAGGUUACUUCAAAGACAAAGCAUUUGUUAAUUAUCUUAAGUACUUGCUUUACUGGAAAGAACCAGAAUAUGCCAAGUAUCUAAAGUACCCUCAGUGUUUACAUAUGUUAGAACUGCUCCAAUAUGAACACUUCCGGAAGGAGCUGGUGAAUGCUCAGUGUGCAAAAUUCAUUGAUGAACAGCAGAUCCUACACUGGCAGCACUAUUCCCGGAAGCGGAUGCGCCUUCAACAAGCUCUGGCAGAACAGCAGCAGCAGAAUAACACCUCAGGAAAAUAAAGAGCUGGUAGCAGACCAGGCUUUCACGACCUGUACAUAAUGUAUUUCUAUUGUACAGCAAAGACAAAGCUUCCGACCAUUAUUGUGGCAGCACCUGGGACCUUUCUUGUACUUUUUGAUCAGCAGACUUUUUGUUAAUAGAUUGUUUCUGUGAAACC